GUAGUAUCCUAAGGAUCCGAAGUACCGUACAUACUUGAAUUGAGAAAUCUGAUACUGAAACCAAUUAGGCCAACUUCUCAGUGGCCCCAGUUCUCAGGGCCUGCGCCGCGCGGCCCCCCAUUGUUCCCCAGGCCUCAUUAACAAGUCUCCCCACCACUCCCAUACCAUCCAUGCUUGUGCUUCCAAACACGCCCUGUACGCCGCUCCCCCUAAAAAAUGGGGCCGCAACGCUGCAAAUAUUGUCCCCAGAGACCCUCUCGUUGCGGGCGUCCAUUGGCUCUGCCCCGCCGGCAAACCAUGCCGAACUAGCACAGUAUAUGCUCCGAUUAGAGCAGUAUUUGGACAGCAUCUUGCACGACAUCGUGCGCCCAUACCUGUCUGCCACGCUCGAAAAAGUGGCGGCCACUGCGCUGGGCGCCCCGCUCUCCGGCUCGGUGCCCUGGGCCAACAUUGCCCCGGCAAAACCGCCAAAAUCCUUGCGUAUACAUAGGCCCGCCGUCGAGUGGACGGUGGCCUCGGAAAUGGGCGCUGUGGUCAUCGCCCAGGCGGAAACGUACAUGCGGCUCGGCGCCGAUCUCAUUGCCGAUCUCGUGCGCGAAGAGCCGGCGCAAAACGGCGGUGUUUCGUCGAAAGAGCUCGACGAGAAAUGGCGGCUGGUGGCAGAGUACUACAAGUCCGCCACUCUGCUUGUGUGCUUCGGCCGGCGGCUCCAGACGGCCGUGUGCCUGCGCAAGCCGGACGCUGUGGUGUUCCACCCCUCGGUGUUUGCGCUUUUCGAGCGGGUGUGUGACAUUGGCAUCCAGAUGUCUAUUGUGUGCAAGUCCUCGUGGAUGAACCGGACCACGUUCUCGUCGCGCGACUUGUUCACGUCCUCGAACAACGGCGUGCUCUGCCGCGUGGCCAUCUGGGUGUUCAACGAGGUGCUUGCGUGCCAGAACCUCAUCAAGGAACUCCAGAGAUCCAGCGAGCCGAACCUCGUCGGCUUGAACUCCGACAAGUGGCCCCAAUACUUGGCGGUCUUCUUCAAGUACGUCACGGCGUACUCCGGCCUUUUCCUCUCGAUCGAAAACUACCAAAAGUCCAAGCUCGGCCAGGCAAUCGGACUCCUCAACUUCUCGCUCCUCACGCUCCAGAGCAGGAACCUCGGCGAGGCAAAAAAAAGAGGCCUCGACCGCCUCACCCGCAAGAUCUCCGGCCGCAAAAACGACCAUUUCAUUGCCAACCUCCAGUCGGUGACGGCGCUAGAUAUCGACAAGUCCGUGUUCCUGGGCCUGUCCGGGGCCAUGCUCAGCGACCUCUCGGUUCUCUUCGACCAGCUCGUGCUCCUACACUUGUACUUUUCCAAAGAAAACGACAAUCUCCGCUUCGAGCCCGUGGCCGACUGGAAGGAUUCCCGCGCCGACCUGAAAUGGCCGCUAGGCGCAAAGAUCCCGGUGUCGCCAGCGAAAGAGUACAUGCCCCGGGCCAUUUCGGAGGCUCCUCAACACGCCGCUUCUGGAGGCACCAUUACCACUGUUCUUUACUAA